AUGAGGACGGGCAAUAUAAAUAGACCUGUGAAACACAAUGAGAACAGAGUUGAUUUUGGAGUAAGCUCCGCUCCGCCAAAGGGCGGAUUAAACGUCCACUCCUCUGAAGGCGCCGUUGAUCCGGGGAUUGCUAAGCGAGCGGAAAGUGGAGGCCGUUUAUAUAAGGAGCACUACAGAGUUGAGUUUGGUCACGAGUGUGGCUGUGAAGUUGGUGUGUGUUGUGGCGGUGCAGUAGGAACGUUGCAUUGGAGCAGUGAAGCGGGUGUUUUGGACACCAAGACGGAGGACUAUUUGGCUUGGCUGAAAGCUAUCAUCGGUCGGAGUCGGCUAUAUCAGAACGAAGAGGACGCUGUGUGGCGGGCGAAGUGCCAGUCUAUCAUACGCUGUCCAACAGCCCAGUGUGGAGGCCGUUAUUGCACUGCUGAAGCUGAGAGGGUUAUUAACUGCCUGUCACGGAGCCUCUCCAAAGGUGCGCCCAAGUCCAGUAAAUCCCACGUGUGGGAAGGAGAGGGCAGCGUUCGGCUCGACAGUGACGGUACCCAUUUUCCCCCGGGCCCAACUAAGGCCCUGGGAAAGGAAGACUACACACGUACUCACCGUACCCACCGUUUAUUCACCACCCGCAACCUCCAGCCCUCUAAAGGAGGAAAACGACGAGUCAGUUACCUGAAAACGUACUUACCGCAUCUACUGCUGCCGCCACCUGCAACUCCGAGCCCCCCCCCAAAAGAGGAAAACGACUGCAGUUACCUGAAAGCUACCCACCACAUCCACGGUGAACUGAUCAUCUACUCCUCAACAACAGGAAGUGGUAAAAUACUAAGACUAAUGUCAUGCUGCGGCAGAAAGGAAGUAACUUAUUUAUCUCUAUAUAUCUUCACAUCUUCAGCAUAUCAGCUUGGACACGGUUUAAUGACACACUGUAAGGUGCUCCAUUCUGAUGUAAAGAUGGUGAUUUUCCUAAACAGUUUUUUUGCAUUCGUUCUCUACCUAAGAGCAUCAUCUGCUAGUGAGAAGAACCCUUGGAAUGCUGAAAUACCAAAAUCAGUAGUGGGUCUGUCUGGAUCAUGUGUGGUGAUCCCUUGUAAGUUCAACUACCCAUCAGAAGGAAAGACAUACAACGAAUUUACAGGAAUCUGGUACAAAGAUGGAUCUGUAAUCUACCACAAAGAGACUUCCGAAAUCAUUGAAAAUUUUAAGAGUCGCUCUACUCUUCUUGGUGAUCUGCAUCAUAAAAACUGCACUUUGAAAAUCAACUCUCUACAGCCCAGCGAUACUGGACCGUACUUUUUCCGCAUCGAGAUCAAAGAUUUAGACAAGUACUCAUACAGGGAAAAUGAAGUUGCUAUUACAGUGAAAGAUUCACCUGAACAACCCAUCAUAUCUGUGAAUGACCAAGUGAUGUCACAGAAAGAAACGAACGCUACCUGUGUCGUGUCACACACCUGCCCGUCUGACCCGCCGCCGCAGCUCACCUGGAGCCACAAUGGCAUGCACACAAGUCAGUCGCAGUCACAAGACGGUCACUGGAAAUUAACAUCAUCUCUGACCUUCACACCCUCCAGAGAAGAUCAUAAUAAACCUCUCAACUGCUCUGCAGACUUCAGUGGUGGGAAAACCGUGACCAGCAGCAAAACACUCAAAGUUAAAUAUCCUCCAUAUAAUGUAAAUGUGAAGAGUAACUCGCCGGUGAAGGAGAACACAUCUGUUGAACUGAUCUGCUCAUGUGACAGUAAUCCACCUGCUAGUUUCCAGUGGAUUAGUUUAAAUGGAUCUCUGUUGGCUAAUGGACCCAACUAUAAACUGAAUAAUGUGACCAGAUAUACUGAAGCCAUAUUCUGCACCGCCAAUAACACAGAGGGACAAAACAGCUCCAGUCCUCAGAAGAUUAAUGUGUUGUAUCCUCCUGAGAUUAAAAACGGGUCUUCCUGCAAAUCAGAGACUACAGUCUGUGUUUGUAUCGUGGACUCCAACCCACCCAGUGAAGUCAAGUGGCUUGGUCCCUCAGGAGUUUUCCCCAGCUCUAGUGUUGAACAAAAUGGUUUUCUUACCAACUUUACCCUUCAGGGGUGGGAGGGUUUCCCUGACGCUAUCCAUUGCUCUGCUAGUAACAGCGAGGGAAACUCUGUCAUAACUCUCCAAGUCCCUAAUCAUGGUAUGAAUAUAUAUAUUGCAGUUGCCACAGCUGCUGUUUUAGUUACUUUGGUGGUCAUUUUAGUUUGUGUAGCCAAAAGACACUGCAAAGAAGAGAAAAGCAAUGAUAUUUACAAAAACAACCAAGAUGACUUUGUUGAUUAUGAGAACUGGGGGUGUGAUGACCUGGCAUGUGGGCAAGAUGAAGAUCAAACAGUCUAUGCUAACACGUAA